ACUCUAAAUAUAUGUAAUUUUUGUCAGUUAAAAACAUCUUUCCACAGAGAAAAACAUUGAUAGUUUUGCAGAAAAUUUACAUGAGUUUUUUAAAGGACAGACAAAAUAUUCAUUAUUUUAUAGAAUAGAAGAAGAAAGGAUACUGUGUAAUUUGUUCUAUAAAGCUAGCAUAACUUUCAAAAUAAAACCAGGAACACAUUAUGAGAAAGAAAAAUUAUAGGCUUAUUUUGCUCGUGAAUAUGAACACAAUAAUCUUAAAUAAAUAUUAGCCAAUUGAAUCAAACAUUGUAUCAAAAAUAGUACAUAGUAAUCAAGUCAGAUUUAUCUUAGAUAUGCAAGAAUGGUUUAAUAUUAGAAAAUCCAUAAACAAAAUCCACAUUUAUACAUUAAAAGAGAAAAAUCCAUUUGAUCAUAUCAAAGCUUGAAGAAAAAGCCUUCAUCAUUAAAAAUAAACACUUAGAAAAUAGAAAUGGAAGAGAACUUCUUUAUCUCGAUAAAAAUAUUUAUUAAAUACCUAGUGCAAACGUCAUAUUAAAUGGGGAAACAUUUGUAGUUCCUUUAAAAUCAGAAAUGAGACAAGUAUGCACAUCAUUACCACUUGUAUUCUACAUUGCAUUGUCUUCUUACCAAGACAGUAUAAGAAGAUGUGAAAGAGACAAUGGAAGCAUAAAGAUUGUCUUUGACCAAUAGAAUGUGGUAGAACUGACUUUCUGGGACUUCCAAGCCCAGGCCUUAAGAAAAUUGUCUACUUCUAUUUUCUGCCUCUAGGAGUCUAGCCGCCAUGUAAAAUAUCUAGCUCCCUUGCUGGAGAGACCCCAUAGUGAGAUUAUGGGGAGAGACCACAUGGACAGGGAGAUGCACUGAAAUUGUAGGAACUGAGAACUUCGGCCAAUGAGAACCAAGGCCCCACAAGUAUAACCCCAGUUGGCUGUUCCAGCAAGUCCCCAGCCAUUUGAGCUAUCCUACCUGAGACUGCAGACAUGCGAGUGAAGAUACCUCUUGGACAUCCUGGCCCCACAGACAUCUGGUUGAGAAGAGAUGAGCUAGCCUACUUUGCUGUGCCCUGUCCAGAUACUGAUCCACAGACUCAGGAGCAAGAUAAGAUUGUGAUUGUUUUAAGCCACUAAGUCUUGAAGUAGUUAUCAUAGAUAUUUGAGACACCAGGUGUCUAACUUCAUACACUGUUCUCUCAAGUUCUGUGAUAGUAUGUGUAUGGUAUGUGUGUGUGUGCUUAUGUAUUUUGGUAUCUAUCUGUCUAUCUAGAUAUGUAUCUAUAUGAAUGAGAAAUGUUUAAGGCCUUUUAUAUGAACCCUUGCUAUAGAAAAGUUUUCAUUUAGUUGACAAUUUGUAUGGCAUAAUAUGGAUUGUGUCAGAUAAAUGCCAAGGUGAUCCCCAAUGAUUCCCAUCUCUUAGUGUUCACACUCUUGUGUAAUCCCCUCCUCUUCAGGGUAGGCAAGACUUAUGGCUUGCUUCCAACAAAAUGUAAAAAGAUGAUGAAAUGUUACUCCAGUGAUUAGGUUAUGUUAUAUUGUAAAGAUGAUGGGACAUCAUCCUGUAAUUAUCUUACAUUAUAUCAGACUCCAUCUUAGUAGACUGGAGCUAGAGAUUCUCCUUGCUGGAUGAAUAAACAGCCAUAUUGAGAAAGCUCACGUAUCGAAGACCUUUAGGUAGCCUCUAGGACCUGAAAGGGACCCCCAGUCAAUUGCCAGCAAAAGUCAGGGCCCUCAAUCAUACAGUCACAAGGAAAUGAAAUCUACCAACAACUGGAAGAGCUUGGAAAUGGAUUCUUCCCCGAGUCAAGCCUCCAGAUGAGAAUGUAGCCUUGUGAGACUCUGAGCAGAGGAUCCACACAAGCUGUGCCUUAACUCCUGACCCACGGAAACUACAAGAUAAUUCCAAGGCUUGUGGGAAGGAUUGUGGCAUUCUGUUUUCAUAUCACAGUGCCUAGCAGAGUGCCAGAUACAUGAAAGACCCUCAACUUGACUGAAACGCAGGCUCUCCACCUGCCAGUUUCAGUCGUGCCUGGUGUGAUCCUGAUGAAGUUUUCUGAAUUCCCUGUGUCCUGCCCUCCUCAUCCGAGAAAGGAAGGGCUGGAAGCCAACAUGUGAUGUUUUUCAUAAACAUGAAGAUUAUAUGCAGGAUCAACUUACUAUUUAUCAAGAAACUACUGAAAAAGACAAAGAAAUGUAUCAUGAUUAUAUACGUCAAUAUAAAGAAGUUUUGAAGCAAUACCAACUAAAAUACUCAGAAACACCCUUUUCAUGUGAAUAUUAUGAGAAGAAAAGAGAACAUGAAGAAAUUCAAAGCAGAGUGUUGGCAUGUACUGAACAAUUAAAAAUGAAUGAAACAAUUUUUAUGAAAUUUCAAGUGCCUGCUCCCUUUCCAUCACUUAUUAAAUGGACAUUAAACAUUGUUAAUUUGAGAUGUAAAACACAAGAUAUUCUUAAAAAUGCCAGCAAUUUUACCAAAAGUUCAUCUGAAUUGAAGAAAGAAGUAGAUGAAAUGGAAAUAGAAAUUAAUUAUUUAAACCAGCAGAUAUCUAGGCAUUAUGAAACUAAGGCUCUUUCAGAAACUCUGGAAGAAAAGAACAAAAAUGUAGAAAACAGAAAAGAACUGAAAGAAAGAAUUUUUGAAAAAGAUGAACAUGUACCUGCAUUUAAUAAAACUCAAAGCAGUCAAUUAUUUCUUCCUUAUGAAUCUCAGAAAUUAGUAAGACCAAUAAAGAUGCAUUCUUCAGAACCAAGAAUUGCAGAUGUAAAAGAAGAAAGUUCUGUGAAUCAGUCAAAGCUUGCCAAUAUUGACUUCAGACAAAAAGAAAAUGAUACACAGAUAUUUAAUGACUCUGCUGUGGAUAACCAUUCAAAAUGUUCACAUAUUACGGCUAUCAAAAGUUCACAAAAGUUUAUGCAAGUCAGAUUGUUAACUCCACAGAAACGAUCAAAUUCCAAUCAGUGGUUUGAAAAAGGAGAUAAAGCAGAUGCUGAGUAUGGAGAUAAAGAGACAGUAAGACAAGUAAGAGAAUCAAAAUGUACUUCACAAGCUAUAUAUACUGAACAUUUUGGGAAGCCAAUAGAAAAUGAUAGUGACGAAGUAGAAGAGAGAGCUGAGAAUUUUCCACGAACAUCUGAAAUUCCUAUAUUUUUAGGAACUCCUGAAGCUGUGAAAGCAUCUGAGUCAUUGGAGAAAAUAAAAUUCCCUAAAACCCCACCGUUCGAAAUUAACAGAAAUAGAAAUGCAGUACCUGAAGUUCAAACACAAAAGGAAUCCCCUGGACUUUCUUUUCUUAUGAGUUAUACUUCUAGAUCACCUGGAUUGAAUUUAUUUGAUUCUUCUGUAUUUGAUACAGAAAUCUCAUCAGAUCAGUUUAAUGAACAUUAUUCUGCAAGAAAUCUAAAUCCUCUGUCAUCAGAGCAAGAGAUUGGAAACUUAUUUGAGAAGCCAGAAGGAGAAGAUGGCUUUACAUUUUCUUUUCCAUCAGACACUUCAACUCAUACAUUUGGAGCUGGAAAAGAUGAUUUUAGUUUUCCAUUUUCAUUUGGACAGGGUCAAAAUUCAAUACCUUCUUCUUCUUUAAAAGGUUUUUCAUCUUCCUCACAAAAUACAACACAGUUUACUUUUUUUUGAGCUAGUCAUUAAUUCCUUGAAUUAUUUUACUGUUCUGUAUUCAUGAGGGCAUAAAUUUACAUUAUUGCUUAAAACAUGAAGACUGCUUUAUUUUGUUGAUUAAAGCAGUAAUGUUUACAUUGUUUGAUUAUCUUUAUUGAAAUAUUGAAAUACUGAAUAUUUUGGGUUUUGUGUGUGCUAUUAACUAAUCAUUUAUUUUGGUUUGGAUUUUGUGAGCCGUGUUCAGGUAGAACUUUUAUUAAUCUUAAUAGAAUUUGAGGCUUUUUUCAUUACUCUUUAUUUUAAAUAUUAAGCCUGCUUCUCCUUGGAACCUAAGGUUUUUUCUGGUAGUAUUGUUGGUACUUUGAUAAGAACAAGAACUGCAGUAGUAACUCCAGAGUUAGUGCAGAAGUGUACUGUAGCUACUAAGAAUUUCUUUUAAAAUUAUUGGGAUUCACUUCUGCUUCACUAUGUAGUAUACAGAGUGGUACUAUAAUAAUAAUUUCAAAUAAUUUAUGUUAAUAACAAAAUCUGUGUUAUUUUCUUCUAAUAUAACACAUGGUACAAUUCUAAUUUUAUGAGUCAUGCUAAUGCCUUCAAUGGAUAAAAAUUAAAUGUGAAGGGCAAGAGUAAUUUCUGAAAAUUGGAUUGUUUUAUCAGUGGUGAUCCUGUUAUAUGUUUUUUGCUUAAAUAUUUUUUGAGGAA